AUUUCUCUGAGGCGAUACGCCUUUGAAGGAGAGGUGGCCCCACGACGUAUGCUUUCGUAGAGAAUGAGAGCACGGAGAUGAGCGCCUGUGCGACUGACGAGGUUGGGUUCGCAGAGGCAAUGUGGUCACAGAGUCGAGGGAACAACCUCUCUUGCUGGCCUGUACUGAGAUUUGACGUGCCGCGCUUGCAGUCUACAACAGAUGUUACCAUGGCAGACACUGAAAUACAGAACACAUCAAACUUGACUUCUCGCCUCGUGUGGUAUAUAUAAAUUACCAGUUUCAAAAAUAUGAAUAUCAGAAUUGAGCGGGCAAAUUGUAAUUGCAUAAUUGACAGAGACAGAGAGCAAAAACUACAUCAUGCCAGCCUCCGACGGAAGUGACUUCACGGUCACUGUGCCGGAUGUCAAGGCACAGAAAAUCGCAGUGAAAGUUCCGAGCACGGGAGAAAAGUUGCGGCUACAGGUGAGAAGUUCGUUUCUCAUGCAGAAAGAUAAAAGUGGGAAUGGAUGCUUUUUCCUUUUUGGUAGAAUCAGAAUCAGAACUGCCACGACUUUGCGAUUUUUGCGUUUGCACUCUGCGUCUGUUCAAGCACACUGCAAUCUUCUCGUCCGCAGGUCCCAGUCGGGGUUCCCCCGGGUGCGAAGCUCCACCUGGCUAUGCGCGACGGUAAGUGGCGGUGCGUAGCGACCUGGCCCAACACGAGCGAUACGGACUUGGAGGUGACGCUGGGCGCGAGCGGGCAGCAUGCGGCGCAGAGCUUCGUGCAGCAGGAGAUGGUAACGGCGACUGCUGGAGGAAGUUCGUCGUCUCCGGAAGACGGAAAUAACACGAUUUCCGUGGAGUCCAUGCACGAACAAACCGCUACGUCGCCGCAAGCAGCCCCGGAGCAACAUCAACCGCCAUUCUUAAACAAGCCGGAGAGGUCCGGUACGGUCAGUUCCAUGAACUCCGUGAAUGAACAGGAAUUACGGGAGUGUUUGGAGAAACAACUCCCACUGACCGUCGUCCAGAAUGUGCCGAACGGAACCACCGCCCCGCGUUGCAGCGCCGCGAUCAUUGGGGCCGAAAGUGUGUUUCCUGUGGACCCAGCUGGAGCUGGAGUAUCAAAUGCAAAAAUGUCUGGGUCUGAAAGAUUGCGAGAUUUGUCAUGCUUGUCUGGCAUGACUCGAGGCUCUGUGUUGCAUAGGCACGAAAAGGACCUCUUACCUGUUGCGCAAAAACGCCGUUUGCCAUGCGGAAUACGUAAGACAUGGCAGCCAAAAAAUUUGUCAUGCAUAGCUGCGUAUUGCAGUGCGUCUAUGAUUCACUUUCAGCAUUACAAGUUUCCAGACCCAGACAUAUUUGCAAUCCAUAUGGAGCGGAACAGAACGACGCGACGCUGAUCUUCCAGGACGCAAGCGAACAGGAGAUGGGGCCGGAAGAGGAAGAAGAUGCUGGUCGUGCUGCUGUCGGAGAACAUUCUUCCAGCUCUGGAGGUGACUCGGUGUCGCAGGAGAACCAGGCGUGCGAGAUUCUGGCGCAACUGUACGGAGACUGCAGCAACGAGAUUGUUUCCUCCAUUGUCGAGCAGGAACAGCAGAACUACGUGCACAACCGCGCGCGGGACUCUAUCGCGACGAUAGAAAAUACGUCCAGCAGCCCGAUGGCGUUUAUUCACCCACCUCUUCCGGCUGGAGGGCAACUUUUACAACCGGGAGCAAGUGGUCAAACGACGAUUUUGACGCAGCAGUUGCAGCAGCAAAUAGCACACCAGCAGCAACUGCUGAGCCAGACGAACAGCUCCACGGAGGGACUGCCGAAGACCAGCUCGGCUUCCUCCCCCUCGCCCUUUGAGAACAAAAUCGAGGCGUAUGCAAAUUUGACCGACAAACUGAGUCAGAAGUACCAGCAAUCGAAGCAGAACCGGAUGAGCAUUUUGGAUCGGAAGAACGCGAGUGUCGCGAACACGCUGCAGUCGCAGUUGCGGGAACUGGAGGCGCUGCAGAGAAAAGUGCAGGAAAAGCGGUUUCUGUUUAGCAGUCCGAAAGAGAUGAGCGCGGAGGAGAAAAGCUUUCAUCAACAGGAACUGCAGCAGCACCAACAACCUUCCGCGGAGGAUUUCGGGUUGGACUCCUAUCGUUCGCUUUCACAACCCAGAACACAUCAGAAUAGUGCGGUGGCCGCUCCACCCGCGCAGGAACACCAGCAGCAGGUCGUGCAAGGCAAGCCUAUUUGGACGUCGACGGGCACCAAAACUUUUCCGCCGAGUAUGCUGCCGAACUACAUGCAGGACCAAUUUUUAAGCUCGGGCCCCUCAUUUGGGGCACAACCACACCAGCUGCCGGCGCCUGCAUUUUUAGUUCCUCAUUUACACCAGGCUAACGCCAACCCAAAUGGGGAAGGUGAAGCAAACCAAAUAAGCACGACUUUUCCGCCGGCCGAGGAAGAUGAUUUUGCCGCGAUGAAAAAGCUCCCGAACCUUUCCUCCACCAGCACGGCAAUCACAACCGCGGACAAUAGCAAGCGGCCGACGCCGACGUCCCAAGUCAAUUCCAGUUUGAUGCUGAGCUCGGUGUGCGGGGUUGGGCAGCUGAAUAUGAUGAACGAGUUCAAUAAGGGCAGUAGUAAAAUCCACGGCAGUUGUGGUAGCGGUCUUUUUGGAUUCAGUAGCAACGCCACCACGCCGAUCCAACAAGAGGACCCAGCAGCGGCGGCGAGAAGUGCCAGCUGCGCGACCCGGUUGGGACAAGACGCGGCAAUGGAACGAUUUCAGCGCUGCCGGGGACAGGUUCUCAAAGUCUUGCUGUUGUGCUGGUUUUCUUUUCGGCACACACGAGGUAGGCAUCGCUUUUGACUACUUAAUUUCAAAAUCGAAACGUAUCGAUACAACUAUGCUUUAAAUCUCCUCACUAGGUUGCACAGCCAGCUCCGCAAAAGCUAAUGGAGCAGCAAAGUUUCGUGCCCGCGCAGCCCCCGCAGUUUGUUGUGCAGCAGACCCAACUGCAGCAAGCACCCGUGUUUCACCAGCCACAGGUCCCAGAGCAACAGCAACAAAAGUUUUUUUUUCCCGCCGCCCCGGCGCCGUCCACCGUUUUGCCAGAGCAGGAAAGAAAAAUGUUCGUGCAGGCCAGCGGACAGCACCAAAAGACGCCACCGCUGAACUUUGACCAGAUGGUUGAAUCGCAGCAGCCCGCCGCCGCGCCGGAAGCAUAUCUGCACACGGCGCCAGAAGCGAACUUUGCGAACAUGGCAGUCGAGUCUAUCAAGUCGUUAAAAGCGCCGAUGAUCCGAUUUGCGAGUCCACUGAAAACCAGAGCACCGCCGCCACGAAUGGUAUGUGAUAAAGUACUUUCAUCCAAUCUUCGUUGUUCUCACUUGUGGUAGUGUACUGCUUGAUCUAGACCGUUAUUUUUCGUUGUGCUGCUUUUCGUUUAGUAGUCAUACUCAAAAUCGAUAAGGAUCGAUCGGAACUACACUCUUGAAAGCAAAAGUCAUUUCCUGCUCCUUGCAGAUCGACGAGUCCCAACAGAAGCAGUUUCCCACGGUGGAGCAGCAGCUAUCAAACGGAAAAAUCCCCCCUCCCCAUAUCGAAGUGGAAAUCUGUGAUGCAGGAUUUGAGUUACCAAAUCGACUUGUAAUGCUAGAAGGCCAAGAGCCGCAGUCGUGGUCUCGUCUGCAGGCAAUUUGUCAUGCUGUUUCCCACUCUCAGCUGCCUCCUAUCAUGCUGAAGAUGCAAGGCUCCCCCACGCCACCCAGCACUACAGUCCGCAUCUUUUCCCGUGUAGCAUGACAAAGCUGAUUUGUGACAACAAAUCUGCAUCACAGAUUUCCGUUUUGAUAUGGGGAGGGGGGAUUUUUCCUUUUGAUAGCAGCAGGUGACGAACAUCCCGGUGCACAUGGCCGCCAUGAUGCACGCGUGUGACAUAUCCUGAGGAAAAACGUCCCCACACCAGAGUCAAGAUGGGGAUUCUGCAACACAAACCUGAAAGUUUUGGGAGCCACGCAUGACAAGUUGCAGGCUGUAGUGUAAUGCAGGUUCUUAGCAAGGGAAGCCGCAUAAGAAAUCCAUCUCCUCAUCCUGUUGACAGCAUUACAACUUCCAAAACACGAUGGGAAAUGUCUCCCAUGGGGAUGCGCAUCACAAAUGCUCUUGUGCUUGCAGAUCUGCAUGACAACUCUGGGGUGGGCAUGUUUUUGCACAGGAUAUGACAACCAUCGGCUCUUCAAGCAGAAGCCCAAAAAGAUCGGGACCCGGAUUCUCGGCGGAGACGAGAAUUAUUACGGUCAGAAAGUCCGCUAUGGGAGUGUCAGGAUCGAAAUCGUCAAAGUUGAAACAAUCUGCAAUGCAAGAAAGCGAUGCCAGCUGGCGCCCAGUUUGCAAGUGGCGCAUGACAAAUUUUGGCAGCAUGGAAAUCCAAUUUGUCGCGCUGUUUGAGCAGAGAAGACUGCUUUUUUCAUGCUAUUUUAGCAGCUCUAUCUCACAAUCCAAACAGGCUUAUAAUCGGCCUCAGUUGCGUGCUCUGCAAGACAGGCACUUUGCGUCUAGCAUUUUAUAUAUGCAUCACAAACUAGUUCAACUUUGACGAUUUCAAUCCUGACGCUUCCAUAUCCGCGACUUGGUGGACGAGGUCGAGCUGACGCAGGACGGCGCGGCCAUCUCGGAAAACGUGAAAUCUCUGCGGAAACAAUUGAAGGCCGCAACGGGAAUCGGCAUGACAGAAGCAAGGGCACGCUCCCGGUCCACAACCCCGCACCAGCUGAUUGGGGCAGGUUCUGGCCCGGCGCUCAGCUGUCCGGUGGGGUGCUUCAUGCCAAACUUCGGCGGUGCCACUGGUGACGGCGAAACGGAGACGGGGAGCAAUUAUGGACCGCAAAUGCUGCUGAUGCCGCCCACAACGUCGAUGUUUACAAACGGUGUGAAUCCGCAGUCGUUACUCCCAAAAACCAAGCGAAGUCUAACGCCGCCGGCUUUGACAGUACAUACUUUCUCCUGAAGAUGUUGAACAAAUAUUUGCCGACUUUGAACAAUAAAGUCGUCUAGCCAACAUACUAGACCUAGAAAUGUCACAACCAAUGCUUCACAUUUUUGCUGGCGUUUUUUAACAACAGCAGAAAUAGAGCCUAUGUAUACUUACUCAAAUAACGUAGUUCUGCCGCGAUCUGGCCAGGGGCAACAACGCAGCUGCCCGUGGCGCUUCCGCGCGAAUUUCCGGCAGCGCCGUGACCGUACAGACCGUCAUGGACCAGCAGAACCAAAAUAACUCCGCCGUCCAGCGCGGCCGCUCGCGGUCCGGGCAACAGAACCCCUUCCUGGCCGGCCAGAUGCAGACCCGUGGAAGAGAUCACAGUGGGCGAAGCAACGUAAACGUCGACGCCUCGGCCUUGCUGGGAAGAUCGAUGGAAGACAUCUUCGAGUCCUCUUUUCUCGAAAACGGUGACUUGGAACUUUUGCCGGACUGCACCAGUACGGUCAAGGAAUUUAACCCAGACUUUUUCACGACCUGGUCCGAACAGAUCCCGCUACCCGAGGAUUUACAGCAGGAGCAGCAGAAGCUGAUCGAGCAGCACUUUCUGAAAAGGCAGGAACAGCUGAAACUGAAAAAAUUGAGGAGCGACGUGAUCGCGGAAAUCGAGCCCAUUAAGGACCAGCACGUUCCGGACCUGAUGGCCUCAAAAAUCGCAAGGGUGCCAAACGUGGCGCAAGCGUUCUCAAAGAGGUAAAGAAGUUUACAAUGACAGAAUUAAAGUUUUACACUUGCGCCGCACUGAAAGUGUUGCUCCGAUGUAGAAGUGAGUAGAAAACACUUGUGUCUCAUCCGCAAUUAUCUCGUUGAUGACGCAUUAUACCUAUCAAUCUAAGCACACCUUUACGUCCCUCGCACAAAAUACUCUUUCAGGAUGGCCCGAACUCCGCGGGGUUGCUUGAACCGAGCAGCAAGCCAGCCGAUGAUGGCCCGCCAACUCCCGGAACUUGUCCAUCCCUUGGUCGCACCGCCCGCGCCGCAGCAAGUGUCAUUGGCCUCCCACAUCCAAGACCACUUCAAGUAGAAAGUUUUGCGUCCUCGUUCUAAGUGAUGUUGAGGUUUGUGGUUGAUUCUGAGGAUUCCGAUUUGUAGGAGGAGCGCCAGAGCUUUCUUGCAUAUUGAUUCAUUGACAUUGGGGCCUGGCGACAUGAUUGUUGUUCCUGUAUGUUAUCAUUUUGCAUCAAGAUGAUCACGUUCACAACAGGUCGGUCUACCGUACAGAUUGGUACCAGACGCCGAACAUUCAACCGGUGAGGGGCAUUCCCGAGGCGAUCAGCAGUCAGCAACCCAAGCCGUUGCAGCAGUCGGAUCUGAUCGCCAGUGUCCAAGUGCGAGCGCCGUGCGUCCUGACGAGCAUUCCGCCAGCAACGGUUGUCGGGAAAUACGUGGGGGAUCGACCCGCGUUUUACCAGCUGUGAAUCAAUUCGAAGUUUUUAGUUCAUCACCUGGACUUCCUUGUACCAGCAAGUGUCAUCCAGCAGCGAAAGAAACAGCAAUACCUGUGAACUAAUGUACGUACGCCGAAAACAUAAACAAGCACGUCCCCUUUAUCGGUUUCUUCAGUCGAGAAUAUAGCGAGAGAAUUUUUACACAUCCUCUUCUCUACGAAUAACUACAGUUUAUUUUAGGCUACCCUAGUACUGAAAAUGCUUCACAGCUACCCAUUGUAAAAUGUGCGGUCAACUACGUAACACUUCUUUACUCAAAAAUGUGAAUCAUACCUUUUCGCUCGUUUCAAAAGGAAUACCUACAUCAAUUUCCCUGCGCUACCAUCGUGACAUAGCCCCCUCAGAGAUUCAAUCGAUUUUUCAAGGAUAGCCAUACAGCAGCUCUGCCCUGGACUGCGCUGGCUAUCACCUGUUGUUGUGAGUUUCGACUGACACCAACUGGUUGUGAAGAUAAGUUUGACCAUCUACAUUAGCAGGAAGGAUGAACUUCCUCGACUCGGCCCUCGUCUCUCUAUACCCCAGAAAGCUGACGUACAACGCAAGUCUUACCCGCCACCUGCCUACCCUGCCACGAUAUUUUCCCUGAAUGAAGAUAGAGAAGCUCCGAUUAUAUGACAGCAAACUAUGAUCCAAAAACGAACUUUUUGUACGUGUAAUGAUUGUAAAAUCAAGCGACGGUCAUAGUCAUUGUGCCAAAAUAAGGAAAGCAAGAUGGAGUAAAGUUUUAUCCUUGUCGUCGUUCUUCGUAGCCCAGGAUGAGACCCUCGACUGUAGAAGCCGACCAGGAGCUGCUUAAUAUCGUGUUCAGACCAGGACUCUUCUUCUUCAGUCGUGUUGAAUUUGAACCGAACCAGCACGCAAUUUAUU